UCACUUUUGACAGAAAUGUCGAAAAGUUCCCCUUUAAAUUUGGAAAACGUAACAAUGAAAAUUCCCAAUGAUUUUAGAAUAAACUAAUGUUAUUUCUGCUCUAUUUUUAUGUGAAACCAACAAUUAUUUUCACAAUCAAUCAUGGGAAUAGUGCAUGCAAAGGCUCUACAACCCCCAAAAUAUCCCUUAGAUGACCCCCCUUUAAUGUCGUUCGCUCCUUUCCCUGAUGAUAUUCCGAGACAAAACUUCGACAAAGGAGAACCAGACCCAAAUUCAAAGGAUAUCGUUAUAGAAGGAGUGUCGGCUAGAGUGGAUAAAAUUCACAUUGAUGGUUUGGAAAGAACGAAAGACGACUAUAUACAAGAUUGUUUCGAUGACCUAUUCUCCGCAACAACUUUUCAAGAUGUUCUUAUCGGAGCCCAUCGAGCUCGAUUGAAACUUGAGGAACUGGGGUGUUUCAAAAAUAUAGCAGUAUUUGUGGACACUAGUAAAGGUGUAGGAAGCACACCAGAUGGUUUAGAUGUAACAUUCAAUGUGAAAGAAUUUAGAAGAUUGACUGGAGGUGUAAGUACGCAUAUAGGAGAUAACGAGGGUUCAUUGAUGGUGGGAAUGCGAGCACCAAAUAUUUAUGGAAGAGGGGAAAAAGUCCAGGUAGAAUAUAGUCAUGGUUCUAAAAAAAAUACCCAAUUUAGUGUAGCUUUCAUAAAACCAUUUAAAGGAAGAUUUCAUCCCAUAAUCACUGCCAGCGUUUUCCAAAAUCAUUCCGAAUUCGCCGCUUCUGGAUUUCGAGAAAGAGGCAGAGGAAUCUUACUAGAUCUGGGAUUUCAUUCAUUUCCCUUGGUAAAACAUAACUUUCAAUGGGAAGGGGUAAUAAGAGAACUGGGUGCAGCUGGAAAGUCAACAUCUUUCGAGGUUAGAGAACAAUCAGGAGCCACCUUGAAAUCUGCUUUGAGGCAUAUGGUUUCCACUGAUUUACGAGAUGAUAAUAUAUUCCCCACCGGCGGAACUUACAUCCAAAACAUAACGGAAAUAGCUGGUUUAGGUGGUGACGUAGGAUUCUGGAAAAACGAUUUUUUCUUACAAUCAAACAUAUCUGUUUACGAAGACAUAGUACUACAAAGUUGCUUAGGUUUCGGAAUAAUGAGAGGUCUGAGCAACGAUAUGAAGUUAGGACUGUCCGAUAUGUUUUACCUCGGUGGCCCAUUAUCACUCAGAGGCUUUCAAACGAGGGGAGCAGGUCCCCAUGCUGACGGGGACGCCACAGGUGCUCUGGGAUAUUGGUCUGCAGGGCUCCACCUGUUUACACCGCUUCCCUUCCGUCCAGGAAAAGGGGGGCUUGGUGAAUUGUUCAGAACCCAUUUCUUCGUGAACACAGGCAACAUAGCUGAUUUUCAACUAGGUGAAGGAGAGCCGAUAACGAAAGUUUUAGCGAAUAAUCUACGUCUAUCCUACGGUAUAGGUCUCGCUUUACGUCUUGGUAACAUGGCAAGAAUAGAAUUAAAUUACUGUAUCCCACAAAUAUUCGAUGAAAACGACCGAACAGAACCAGGAGUCCAGUUCGGUAUUGGAGUUAGAUUUUUGUAAACAUCCAGAUCAUAUUUUCUAGUGUAUACUAUUCGCACCAUUUGUACAAAAAGUGGCAAUGUAUUGGUGGAAAUUAGACCAUCUUAAAUUUUUGUGUUGUGAAAGUUAUUAAUAAACUUGUUAACUUUU